AUGUCUGCAUCGGCGCUCGAUGCCUCAUCGCGCUCCCGUCCGAUAACGUUCAACGAGGCGAGCGAGCUGCACGUCUACGACACCCUGGUUCUAGCGAGCUCGUGGCUGAACACGUUCGCGUUUGCGUUCGAGAUCGCGCUGUUCGGGUACUACUUCUCCCGCUGGAGGCUGCUUGCGCUGUACAGGUUCGGCCUGAUUGUGCUGCUCGUGAACGACACCCUGGCCACGCUAUGCAUCUACGUCAACACUUACGAGUCUCUGGUCACCAGCGAGGAGAACCCGAUAGUCAUAUCGACGUUCCUGGUCUCGACGGGAUUGUCAGCGCUGGUCGAGCAGUCCAUUCUUGUCCAUCGCUACUGGAAAUUUUCCAAGCACACGUUAUUCUGUGCUCUUUUAAUGCUGCUCUCUGGCGCUCAUUUUUUGCUAUCGAUUGUGUCCGCCGCAUACCCUUUACAUAGCCGGCAGCAGGUCCAUCUGACAACAAUGGCAGCGAUCGUCUGCUCAGUCGCCGAUAUCUUGAUCGCCUUUAGCACGGUCUGGACCUUGAGCGGGAUCUCGCCGGUGUGGCGCUCGACGCAAGCGAUGAUCCGCGCCAUCUGCCUGAACGCCCUCGCGUCCGGCGCGGUCGUUGCCGUCGUCACCCUGCUUGCCAUGGUAUCCGAUCUGCUCAAAGAAACCGAAAAGGCAUCCGCGUUCGGGAUCUUCUUCCAGGUCAUGGGCCGCGUGUACUCGCUCACGAUCCUCGUCAAUUUCAUCCAGCGCCGGCGGGGCAUGGGCGUCUCCCAAAACACGGGGUCGGAUGCCGAGGCCGACGAGCCAUCGACGCAUGCCAACUUGCACUCCAUACAAUUCACGACUCUCCCGGGGACUUCGGCCCAGGCGCCCUCGGUGCGCUCUGUGCCUACACCGGACGACACAUUAGAUAAAAGACCCGGCUCCAGGCAGGACUUCCGCACAGCAGGAUCGGACCAGGCGACCCCGGCGCCCAUACAUGAACGAUACGAGCUGCUGCGCCGGCAGUUUCUGGAGCUCGAAGAGAAAAAUAAGGAGAUGAGCACCGAGCUCGAGCGAACGGGGGAGCAGUCCCACAAGAUGGAGGAAGAACGAAAUGCGUUAUUAGAGCGCAUCAGCGAACUGGAAAACCAACCUGGUUUCGUAGCCACUGUCAGCGAAGUCGAAGGCUCUGAAACCGCGCCACUCAUGCUGUCGAGCACUGGCACGCGACUGCGCAUACGACCGGCGGAGAGUCCCCAGGACGGUGGCAGCUCUUCGGAGACGGGGAGAAAGCGUUCGCGCGAUAGUGAUGAACUGAUCGCGCUCGCACCCGAUGCCAAAGUCCCUCGCACGGAGACUGGAGCGGCAUCCGCUGAGGGUGCCGCCCCUCCAGCACUACCUACCUCAGCCUCCUCUGAGCCCGCCGCGAUUGACGCUGCCCCGCGACAGGUCUUGAAUCCGUAUUUCUCAUAUCUCGGUGGUGCGGCCCCUCCUCCGCCCCCAUUUCCGUAUCCACCGUACCCCUUCUAUAUCGGCGCAAUGCCGUACUUGGCGCAGCCGCCCCCUGCCACAUUUACACCCGUUCCGCCGUCACCACAGCGCGCUUCCGUCCCCGCCCCCGCCGCCUUCCCAUCGGCCCGGCAGACACACGCAGCCAAGCCCAAGCGGCUGAAAGCGCACACGGUGACGAGCAAGAGCUACAGCAUCCCUGUCGUGCCUCGGGACAAGCUCGGCAAGCCGCUGCUGCCGCUGAACGUGGGCAUCAUGCGCGUGCUGCGGCUCGGCGACGUGUGCAUGCGCGAGCACUUCCACACUGAGCGCUACAUCUUCCCCGUCGGCUACGAGGUCACGCGGCGCUACCUCUCGACGGUCGACCCGCACGCGGAGGUCGUGUACCACUGCAGCAUCCUCGACGGCGGCGACGGGCCCAAGUUCCAGAUCAUCCCGUCCGACGCGCCCGAGCGCCCGGUCAUCUCGGGCACCGCGACGGGCGCAUGGUCGGGGAUCGUCAAGACGGCCAACGCGCUCAGGAGGCGGCAGCACUCGAAUUCCGUCUCGGGGCCGGACUUUUUCGGGCUCGGACAGAACACGAUCAAGCAUUUGAUCCAGGAGCUCCCGAACUCCGACCGCCUGCGAGACUACGUCUGGCAGCACUUUGUCGAGGGCGGGCCCCUCGGCGGGCGGCAUGCCGCUGUAGUGCCUGCUUUGCCGGAGGAGUACGAAAGCGUCGUCGGGAGGAUCGGCGCGGCGGGUUCGGCUUCCGCACAGGCCAUGCUGGCCCCGCCGAACGAGGAGGACAGGCAGGAGAAGCGGAGCUAUUACCCCCCGCAUAUUCUGUCCCAGACCCCGAACCCUCCUCCCUCUGCGUCCCGCGGCGCAUCGCAUUACCUACCUCGCACUGUGCAGCCUUCGGAUACGUUCCCAGUAGCUGCACCCUCGUUUUCGGCCCCUGAUCCAUCCUGAUUUGUUCUUCUUUUUUGAGUGAUGGGACCCGCUGCCCCGCUGCCCCGAGCACUCCGGUAUUCCACUGCUCCCACUGGAUACCCGGAUCAGCUGCUGCCCAUUCUGCGGGAGGACGCACCUUGUCUUUACUACGGCACUGUGCUGACUGCGAGUGUGAUUUGUGGGCAAAGAGAGAAAUGGCAUUGCGUGGACACUGGAUCAGACGAAGGUCGGGUUUGUUCUAGUACUAUGCGGUGCGGAGAUGUUUCGCUCCUCCUAAUCAUUCAACACCCAAGGUAAAUGGCUCGUGAGUGUGAGCGCUUUCCAGGUGGGUGUGGAUCCGCUAUCCUUCUAAUGAGGCCGCCGCUCAGAGCAGAAGUGCUCAAGCACACGCCCCGCGGGGCCUUGAAUUCGUUCGUACUUCAGUGAAUAGAUCUACAUAUGCGAAUGGAAAGUGUCGACUUUGAUUUCUAUCCAAGCAAAUAAUAAGGAACCUGUAA